AUGUCUGAAGAAGUCGAUCGCAAUGAUCCCGAGCUGAAAUAUCUUUCGGUCGAGCGUAAUCAAUUCAAGAUCCGGCCACACAGGCUGAAUGGACACAGAAGUCUUGUUUGGGUGCCGCAUGAGAAUCAGGGCUUCGUUGCCGCCAGUAUUAAGCGUGAGCAUGGCGAUGAAGUGGAAGUGGAGCUGGCCGAGACGGGCAAGCGUGUAAUGAUUUUACGUGAUGACAUACAGAAGAUGAAUCCGCCAAAGUUCGACAAAGUCGAGGACAUGGCCGAAUUAACAUGCCUCAACGAGGCGUCCGUAUUGCACAACAUCAAAGACAGAUAUUACUCUGGUUUGAUCUAUACAUAUUCCGGUCUUUUCUGCGUUGUGGUUAAUCCGUACAAGAAAUUGCCAAUUUAUACCGAAAAGAUAAUGGAAAGGUAUAAGGGCAUAAAGCGACACGAAGUGCCUCCGCAUGUAUUUGCAAUAACGGACAGUGCCUACAGGAAUAUGUUGGGUGAUCGGGAAGACCAAUCGAUUUUGUGUACUGGCGAAUCGGGUGCUGGUAAAACCGAAAAUACCAAGAAAGUUAUACAGUUUCUGGCCUAUGUCGCUGCCUCCAAGCCUAAGGGCUCUGGUGCGGUGCCGAAUCCUGCCGUGCUUAUUGGCGAACUUGAGCAACAACUGCUGCAGGCAAAUCCGAUACUGGAAGCUUUUGGCAAUGCUAAAACGGUCAAGAACGACAACUCAUCACGUUUUGGCAAGUUCAUACGCAUUAACUUUGAUGCGUCGGGCUUUAUUUCGGGCGCUAAUAUUGAGACCUAUCUGCUAGAGAAGUCGCGUGCCAUUCGUCAAGCUAAGGACGAACGUACAUUCCAUAUAUUCUAUCAGCUGUUGGCUGGCGCAUUGCCGGAACAGCGUGAGAAAUUCAUACUCGAUGACAUCAAGUCUUAUCCAUUCCUGUCCAAUGGCACGCUGCCCGUGCCCGGUGUUGAUGACUAUGCCGAAUUCCAGGCCACUGUCAAAUCGAUGAACAUUAUGGGCAUGACCUCUGAGGACUUCAAUUCAAUCUUUCGCAUUGUCAGCGCUGUGCUGCUGUUUGGCAGCAUGAAGUUCCGCCAGGAGCGGAACAAUGAUCAGGCCACGCUGCCCGACAAUACUGUUGCCCAAAAGAUUGCUCACUUGCUGGGUUUAAGCGUAACAGAUAUGACGCGUGCCUUCCUCACACCACGCAUCAAGGUGGGACGCGACUUUGUGACCAAAGCGCAGACAAAGGAGCAAGUGGAGUUUGCCGUGGAGGCCAUUGCUAAGGCAUGUUAUGAGCGCAUGUUUAAGUGGCUGGUAAAUCGCAUAAAUCGUUCCCUCGAUCGUACCAAGCGUCAAGGCGCAAGCUUUAUAGGUAUUCUCGAUAUGGCGGGUUUUGAGAUCUUUGAACUCAAUUCGUUCGAGCAGCUGUGCAUUAAUUACACGAAUGAAAAGCUGCAACAGCUCUUCAACCACACCAUGUUCAUCCUGGAGCAGGAGGAGUACCAGCGCGAGGGUAUCGAAUGGAAGUUUAUUGAUUUUGGUCUCGAUCUGCAGCCUACUAUCGAUCUGAUCGACAAACCAGGUGGCAUUAUGGCGCUGUUGGAUGAAGAGUGCUGGUUCCCCAAAGCUACAGACAAGACCUUUGUAGACAAGCUUGUCUCAGCGCACUCCAUGCAUCCAAAAUUCAUGAAGACAGAUUUCCGCGGCGUGGCUGACUUUGCCAUUGUGCACUAUGCCGGGCGUGUGGAUUAUUCGGCCGCAAAAUGGCUGAUGAAGAACAUGGAUCCGCUCAAUGAGAACAUUGUUUCUUUGCUGCAGGCAUCGCAGGAUCCAUUUGUGGUGAAUAUCUGGAAAGAUGCGGAAAUCGUGGGGAUGGCCCAGCAGGCCUUGACCGAUACACAGUUUGGCGCUAGGACGCGCAAGGGCAUGUUCCGCACUGUGUCGCAUUUGUACAAGGAGCAAUUGGCCAAACUGAUGGACACUCUUCGCAACACAAAUCCCAACUUUGUGCGCUGCAUCAUUCCCAAUCACGAGAAGCGUGCAGGCAAGAUCGACGCGCCGUUGGUGCUCGAUCAGCUUCGAUGCAAUGGUGUGCUUGAGGGUAUACGCAUCUGUCGUCAGGGCUUCCCCAAUCGCAUACCAUUCCAGGAGUUCCGCCAACGGUACGAGCUGCUUACACCAAAUGUCAUACCCAAGGGCUUCAUGGAUGGCAAGAAGGCCUGCGAAAAGAUGAUCCAAGCGCUCGAGCUUGACUCGAAUCUCUUUCGCGUGGGCCAGUCGAAGAUUUUCUUUCGUGCGGGCGUUUUAGCGCAUUUGGAGGAGGAGCGCGAUUUUAAGAUAUCCGAUCUAAUUGUCAAUUUCCAGGCAUUCUGCCGCGGUUUUCUUGCCAGACGCAACUAUCAGAAGCGUCUACAGCAAUUGAAUGCCAUUAGGAUUAUCCAACGCAACUGCGCAGCGUAUCUUAAGCUGCGCAACUGGCAAUGGUGGCGUCUAUAUACCAAAGUGAAGCCGCUGCUCGAAGUGACCAAGCAGGAGGAGAAGCUGGUGCAGAAGGAGGAUGAGCUAAAGCAGGUGCGCGAGAAGCUCGACACUCUAGCCAAGAAUACCCAGGAGUAUGAGCGCAAAUAUCAGCAGGCGCUAGUGGAGAAGACCACGCUAGCGGAGCAGCUGCAGGCCGAGAUUGAACUCUGCGCCGAGGCUGAGGAAUCGCGUUCGCGAUUAAUGGCGCGCAAACAGGAACUGGAGGACAUGAUGCAGGAACUGGAGACGCGCAUUGAGGAAGAAGAAGAGCGCGUGCUUGCCCUAGGCGGCGAGAAAAAGAAGCUGGAACUGCAUAUACAAGAUCUGGAAGAACAACUGGAAGAGGAGGAGGCUGCACGUCAGAAACUGCAACUAGAAAAAGUGCAACUGGAUGGCAAGAUCAAGAAACAUGAGGAAGAUCUGGCGCUGACCGAUGAUCAGAACCAAAAGCUGCUCAAGGAAAAGAAGCUGCUUGAGGAGCGUGCCAAUGAUUUGUCGCAAACGCUCGCCGAGGAGGAGGAGAAAGCCAAGCAUCUAGCUAAGCUUAAAGCUAAGCAUGAGGCAACCAUUGCUGAAUUAGAGGAACGCAUGCACAAGGAUCAGCAACAGCGCCAGGAGACUGAUCGCAAUAAGCGCAAAAUUGAGACCGAGGUUGCUGAUCUCAAGGAGCAGCUCAACGAGCGUCGCACUCAGGUCGAGGAAAUGCAGACACAGCUUGCCAAGCGUGAGGAAGAGCUUACGCAAACGCUGAUGCGAAUCGAUGAGGAGUCCGCGGUCAAGGCGACAGCGCAGAAGGCACAACGUGAGUUGGAAUCGCAGCUCGCUGAGAUUCAAGAGGACUUGGAGGCUGAGAAAGUGGCACGUAGCAAGGCAGAGAAACUACGACGAGAUCUUAGCGAGGAACUGGAAGCACUAAAAAACGAGCUGCUCGACUCAUUGGACACCACAGCUGCUCAACAGGAACUACGCUCCAAGCGCGAGCAGGAGGUUGCCAUGCUUAAGAAAUCGUUAGACGAGGAUGCAGUGAAUCAUGAGGCCGUGCUGUCUGACAUGCGGCAUAAGCACUCGCAGGAGUUAAAUGGCAUCAACGAUCAGCUGGAGAAUCUUCGCAAGGCAAAGGCCGUACUAGAAAAGGCCAAGGGCACUCUCGAAGCGGAGAAUGCAGAUCUAGCUACCGAACUGCGCAGCGUCAAUAGCUCCAGGCAGGAGAACGAUCGUCGGCGCAAACAGGCUGAGUCUCAGAUUGCUGAGCUGCAAGUUAAACUAGCGGAGAUUGAGCGUGCGCGCUCCGAGCUGCAAGAAAAGUGCACCAAACUUCAACAAGAGGCGGAGAAUAUUACCAAUCAGCUGGAGGAGGCAGAACUAAAAUCCUCAGCUGCUAUUAAAUCAGCCAGCAACAUGGAGUCACAGCUAACGGAGGCGCAACAGUUGCUUGAAGAGGAGACACGUCAGAAGCUAGCGCUCAGCUCCAAGCUGCGGCAGGUCGAAUCAGAGAAGGAGGCAUUGCAGGAACAGCUUGAGGAAGAUGAGGAAGCCAAGCGUAAUUACGAGCGAAAGCUUGCCGAAGUCACCACACAGAUGCAAGAAAUAAAGAAAAAGGCUGAGGAGGAUGCCGACCUGGCCAAGGAGCUUGAAGAGGGUAAGAAGCGUCUCAACAAGGAUAUUGAAGCGCUCGAGCGUCAGGUGAAGGAGCUUAUGGCUCAAAACGAUCGUCUGGAUAAAAGCAAAAAAAAGAUACAGUCAGAGCUUGAGGACGCCACUAUUGAGCUGGAAGCACAGCGCACCAAGGUGCUAGAGCUUGAGAAAAAGCAGAAGAACUUUGACAAGAUCCUUGCCGAGGAGAAAGCCAUAUCGGAGCAGAUUGCCCAGGAGCGCGAUACGGCAGAACGCGAGGCGCGCGAAAAGGAAACUAAGGUGCUUUCGGUAUCGCGGGAACUAGACGAGGCUUACGACAAGAUUGAGGAUCUGGAAACAAAACGCAAGCAGUUGCAAAAUGAACUGGACGAUCUGGCCAACACCCAGGGCACGGCGGACAAAAAUGUUCAUGAGCUGGAGAAGGCAAAGCGUGCACUGGAAUCACAGCUUGCUGAGCUGAAGACUCAGAACGAGGAGCUUGAGGAUGAUUUGCAACUGACAGAGGAUGCAAAACUGCGAUUGGAAGUCAAUAUGCAAGCGCUGCGUUCUCAAUUCGAACGUGAUCUGCAGGCCAAGGAGGAGGGAGCUGAGGAGAAGCGCCGUGGGCUUGUCAAGCAGCUGCGAGAUCUUGAGGCCGAGCUGGAUGAAGAGCGUAAACAGCGCACGGCCGCUGUGGCAUCUAAGAAGAAGUUAGAGGGCGAUCUUAAGGAGUUAGAGACAACCAUGGAGAUGCAUAACAAGGUAAAAGAGGAUGCACUGAAGCAUGCCAAGAAGCUGCAAGCACAAGUCAAAGAUGCACUACGCGAUGCCGAGGAGGCCAAGGCCGCCAAGGAAGAACUGCAGGCGCAGAGCAAGGAGGCCGAACGCAAGGUCAAGGCCUUAGAGGCCGAAGUAUUACAGCUGACCGAGGAUCUGGCCAGCUCGGAGCGUGCACGACGCGCUGCCGAAACGGAGCGCGACGAGCUUGCUGAAGAGAUUGCCAACAAUGCUAAUAAGGGUUCAUUGAUGAUCGAUGAAAAGCGUCGGCUGGAGGCCCGAAUUGCGACGCUGGAAGAGGAACUCGAGGAGGAGCAGUCGAAUUCAGAGGUGCUGCUGGAUCGCAGCCGCAAGGCUCAGUUGCAAAUUGAGCAGUUGUCCACCGAGCUGGCCAAUGAGAAGUCCAACUCGCAGAAGAGUGAGAACGCACGAGCUUUACUUGAGCGUCAGAAUAAGGAGCUCAAGGCAAAGCUUGCCGAGAUUGAGACGGCACAACGUACCAAGGUCAAGGCAACGAUUGCCACGCUUGAGGCGAAGAUUGCCAACCUGGAGGAACAGCUGGAGAAUGAAGGCAAAGAGCGACUCUUGCAGCAAAAGGCGAAUCGCAAGAUGGACAAAAAAAUCAAGGAGCUCAGCAUGAACAUAGAGGAUGAGCGAAGACAUGUCGAUCAACAUAAGGAGCAAAUGGACAAACUUAAUAGCCGCAUUAAACUGCUCAAGCGCAAUCUGGAUGAGACCGAGGAGGAGCUGCAAAAGGAGAAGACCCAAAAGCGUAAAUAUCAACGUGAAUGCGAGGAUAUGAUCGAAUCACAGGAGGCCAUGAAUCGUGAGAUUAACUCACUUAAAACAAAAUUACGACGCACCGGCGGCAUGGGUCUCAGCUCCAGCCGGCUCACGGGUACACCCUCAUCCAAGCGUGGUGGUGGAGGGGGCGGCGGUGGCGACGACAGCUCAUCGGUGCAGGAUGAAUCAUUAGAUGGAGAGGAUUCAGGCAAUUGACGCGUUAAUUAUUAAAAUAUAUACCUAAAAAACAAUAAAAAAAA